GGUGCUCUAGGUGAGCCACGGGGUGAGUGGGCAGAGGCUGGCCUGGAAGAGGCUGAGGAUGGGCUGAAUGGUGGCCCUCCAGAAGCUAGGUCCACAUCCUAAUGCCCAGAAUCUUGUGAACGUGACCUUAUUUGGGAAAAGAAUGUUUGAUAAAAUUAAGUGAAAAUUCUGGAGAUGAGAUCCUCUUGGAUUACUUAGGGAAGCCCCACCUCCAAUGACAAGUGUCCUUAUAAGAGACACCCCAAGGAGAAGGCCAUGUGAUCACAGAGGCGGAGAUGGGAGGGACACAGCCACAAGCCAGGGACCGCCUGGGGCCACCAGAAGCUGGAAGAGACAAGGAAGGAUCCUCGCCUGGAGCCUUGGAGGGAGCAUGGCCCUGCUGACACGUGCAUUUCAGACAUCUGGCCUCCAGACACUGAGAGAAUACAUUUCUAUCGUUUUAAGCCACCCAGUUUGUGGUCAUUUGUUACCCAAGCCCUAGGAAACCAAAACAGCGGAGAAAUUUGAAAACAUACUCAAAAGUAGUACGAACAGUAUAAUAAACUCCCAGUGUACCCACCUUUGAGUUCCCACAGUGAUCAAGUCCUGCGGUUCUCUGCCUUCUUGAUGAUGAAGGUAUUACCAAAGCUAACUUGUGUCCUGGCAUGAGUCAGUUAUCUGGAACAUUCAUCUCCAGGCGUUGCUAGGUGUCUUUCUGGCAGGCACCCCGGCUCACUGUGUCUGGAUCUCCUCCUCUCCGGAGCCUGAGCGGAGGGUGCCCCUGCCCAGCCCACUGACCUUUGCCUGUGUGAGCCCUGGUUAAUUUUCGCCCAGGCUGUGGGCUGUGGGGCUCCUCCCCAACCCUCUCAGGGAUAUAAGUCUGGCCCGAGGCUGCCUUGCUCCUCACCGUCCUGCACUGCCCCCAGCUCCCCCUCUGCCCUCACCAUGGCCAAGGGCUUCUACAUUUCCAAGGCUCUGGGCAUCCUGGUCAUCAUCCUGGGCGUGGCGGCCGUGUGCACCAUCAUCGCUCUGUCCGUGGUGUAUGCCCAGGAGAAGAACAAGAACACCGGGAGCUCCACGGCCACCGCAGCCACCGCAGCCACCACCACGGCCACCACCACGGCCACCACCACGGCCACAAUCACGGCCACCACCACAGCCACCACCACAGCCACCACCACGGCCACCACCACGGCCACCACCACAGCCACCACCACAGCCACCACCACGGCCACCACCACGGCCACCACCACGGCCACCACCACGGCCACCACCACGGCCACCACCACGGACCAAAGCAAACCAUGGAACCGUUACCGCCUCCCCAAGACUCUGAUUCCCAGCUCCUACAACGUGACGCUGCAGCCCUACCUCACCCCCAACAGUGAGGGUCUGUACACCUUCCACGGCACCAGCACCGUUCGCUUCACGUGCAGUGAGUCCACCAACGUCAUCAUCAUCCACAGCAAUAAGCUCAACUACACCAACAUCCAGGGGCAAAGGGUGGCCCUGCGGGGCGUGGGGGGCACGCGGGCCCCCGCCAUUGACACGACCGAGCUGGUGGAGCUCACCGAGUACCUGGUGGUGCACCUCCGGGAGCCACUGCAGGUCAAUGGCCAGUAUGAGAUGGACAGCGAGUUCCAGGGGGAGCUGGCUGACGACCUGGCGGGCUUCUACCGCAGCGAGUAUAUGGAGAACGGCGUCAAAAAGGUGCUGGCCACAACGCAAAUGCAGGCCACACAUGCCCGGAAAUCCUUCCCGUGCUUCGACGAGCCAGCCAUGAAGGCCACGUUUAACAUCACCCUCAUCCACCCCCGCAACCUCGUGGCCCUGUCCAACAUGCUGCCCAGAGGCCCCAGCGUCCCUUUCUCGAGAGAUCCCACCUGGAGCGUCACCGAGUUUAAAACCACGCCUGUAAUGUCCACUUACCUGCUGGCCUACAUCGUUAGCGAGUUCAAGCAUGUGCACACGAGAACGCCCAGUGGCGUCCUGAUCCAGAUCUGGGCUCGGCCUAGUGGGAUCGACCAGGGCCAUGGAGAUUAUGCCCUGAAUGUGACAGGCCCCAUCCUAGACUUCUUUUCCGCACAUUAUGACACACCCUACCCACUCAACAAAUCUGACCAGAUCGCCUUACCUGACUUCAACGCUGGCGCCAUGGAGAACUGGGGGCUGGUGACCUACCGGGAGAACUCUCUGCUCUUCGACCCGCAGUCCUCCUCCAGCAGCAACCGGGAGCGGGUGGCCACCGUGAUUGCGCAUGAGCUGGCCCACCAGUGGUUUGGGAACCUGGUGACCUUGGAAUGGUGGAAUGACCUGUGGCUGAACGAGGGCUUUGCCUCCUACGUGGAGUACCUGGGCGCCGACCAUGCAGAGCCCACCUGGAAUCUGAAAGACCUCAUGGUGCUGAACGACGUGUACAGGGUGAUGGCCAUAGAUGCGCUCGCCUCCUCCCACCCGCUGUCCUCGCCUGCCAAUGAGGUCAACACGCCGGCCCAGAUCAGCGAGAUGUUCGACUCCAUCUCCUACAGCAAGGGAGCUUCGGUCCUCAGGAUGCUCUCCAGCUUCCUGACGGAGAAUCUGUUCAAGAAGGGCGUGGCGUCUUACCUCCACACCUUUGCCUACAAAAACACCAUCUACCUGGACCUGUGGGACCACCUGCAGAAGGUCGUAAACGAUCAAGCCAUCGAGCUGCCAGACACCGUGCGCAACAUCAUGGACCGCUGGAUCCUGCAGAUGGGCUUCCCGGUCAUCACCGUGAACACCACCACUGGCGCCAUCUCCCAGCAGCACUUCCUCCUCGACUCCGAGUCCGUGGUCACCCGCCCCUCAGAGUUCAAGUACCUGUGGAUUGUGCCCAUCACUUCCAUCAGAAAUGGCCUGCAGCAGAAAGGCUACUGGCUUCCAGGAAAUGCACAGGCCCAGGAUAACCUGUUCAAAACCACAGCUAAUGAGUGGGUCCUGCUGAACCUCAACGUGACGGGCUACUACCUGGUGAACUAUGACGAAGAGAACUGGGGAAAGAUCCAGACUCAGCUGCAGACAAACCUGUCGGUCAUCCCUGUCAUCAACCGGGCUCAGGUCAUCCAUGACACCUUCAACCUGGCCAGUGCCCGAAAGGUCCCUGUCACCCUGGCCCUGAACAGCACUCUCUUCCUGAGCCAAGAGAGAGAGUAUAUGCCCUGGGAGGCCGCCCUGAGCAGCCUGAGCUACUUCAAGCUCAUGUUCGACCGCUCUGAGGUCUACGGCCCCAUGAAGAACUACCUGAGGAAGCAGGUCACGCCUCUCUUUGAUUAUUUCGAAAGACUCACCCACAACUGGACUGUUCACCCGCAGACCCUGAUGGAACAGUACAAUGAGAUCAACGCCAUCGGCACUGCCUGCACCUAUGGGGUUCCUAAGUGUAAGGAGCUGGUCUCAACUCUUUUCGAAAAGUGGAGGAAGGACCCCCAAAAUAACCCGAUCCACCCCAACCUGCGCUCCAUCGUAUACUGCAACGCUGUUGCCCAGGGUGGGGAGGAGGAGUGGAACUUCAUGUGGGAACAGUUCCAAAAUGCCACGCUGGUAAACGAGGCCGACAAACUCCGUGCAGCCCUGGCCUGCAGCAACCAGGUCUGGAUCCUGAACAGGUACCUGAGUUACACCAUGAACCCUGACCUCAUCCGGAAGCAAGAUGUCACCUCCACGCUUAGCAGCAUCGCCAGCAAUGUGGUCGGGCAAAAUCUGGUCUGGGACUUCGUCCAGAGCAACUGGAAGAAGCUCUUUGACGACUUCGGCACCGGCUCCUUCUCCUUCUCCAACCUCAUCCAGGCAGUGACGCGACGGUUCUCCACGGAGUUCGAGCUGCGGCAGCUGGAGCAGUUCAAGAUGAACAACAUGGACACAGGCUUCGGCUCGGCUACUCGGGCUCUGGAGCAAGCCCUGGAGAAGACCAAAGUGAACAUCAAGUGGGUGAAAGAAAACAAGCAAGUGGUGCUUAGUUGGUUCACAGAAAACAGCUAAUAGUCCUUGGUCCUUAACCAUCACCUGGCCCCCAUGUGAGAUGCCUCUACGUGUCUGCCCCCAUGGCCCACGACAGUACCCCAUUCCUGGAGCCUGAGGCAAUGGUGUCCUCCCCUCAGGGACAAAGUCUCUGGCCCACGUUUUCUCCAGUCUGCCCAUGGAGCUGAUCCAGUUCCUGAUGACCAGACUGUCCAAGCACCUUCCAGCCCCUGCCCCUCAUGCCAACCCUCACCCCAGGCCUGGCAUGGUGCCUGUCACCCAGGGCCCUGGGGCUGAUCUCAGGGAAGCCCAGCUCUAGGGCCAGAUGAGCAGAAGCCCUCAAAGGACGAUGGAUGGCCUUGGGGGGGUAGCCCUGUGCCCUCUCUCACCUUUCCAUAAAGACCCUGAACCUAAAGAAUCAACAGGGCAGAAGAUCUAUAUUUUUUUUUCUAAGAGAAAAUGUAAAUAAAGGAUUUCUAGAUCAA